AUGCAUGAUUUUAUGGAAUAUUGUCUUUGUCAAUAUUUUAAAGCUACUGAUUGGAAUGAUGACAACCAAUAUUCAAAUUUAUGUGCUGAUUCUCGAGCUAUUUUGGAUUUUCAAAUACCCCAAGGUUUUGCUUUUGCAAUAUCAAAAAUCCAAACGUCACUUUUUAAGUCUUCAUAUUCAUUAAAUGCAUCACCAAUACUAAAUGGAUCUUUGGGAUUUUUAUUUACUUCUCGUCCUUUAAUUAUUGAUUUAAACAGUCAUUUAAAAUUUACAGAGAUAAUUGACCGACUUAAGGUCAAUUAUAUUCCAAGUAUAAAUACAAAUAAUGAAAAAGAAAUUCGACCAAUUAAGGCUAUUUAUUCUAAAAGAUUUUCAUCAAGAAUACAGUGUGUAAUCACAAGUGUUAAUGAUCUUAGGAUAAAAUCUGACUCACAUCUUACUGCAGAACUUCAAUACAACACGGGAAAAUGGUGUAAUGAAUUCUCUUAUACAACUGAUGGAGAAUUGUUUGGUAUUAGAGGUUUAUACAAUUUUUCAGGCCAUAAUUCAGAAGAAAAAGAAGUCAUUGAAGAAGUUCAAGAAGAUUUAUCAGAAAAAGAAAAGGACACUAAAGAAUCUCAUGUUGAAGAAAAAGUUAUUGAAAAAUCAUCUGAUAUUGAUGAAGUUGAUGAAGUUGAAGCAUUAAAGGGAGUAUGGUCAAUUGGUGGUGAAUUAUAUUAUGGGGUAAGAGAAAAAAGUGGAGUUUCAGUUGGAAUUCGUUAUCGAACUCUUCCUCAAUAUUUUAACCAAACACCUGUCACUGUAACUUAUAUAAUUAAUCCAAUAAUGGGACAUAUGUCAGCUGCUUAUGUCACACAAGUUUCUGAUGUUUUGACACUUUGUCCUAGAUUUGAUUUUAAUAUGUAUAGUUAUGAAAGUGAUUUGAUGAUUGGAGGUGAAUGGUGGCAAGGAAAAAAAGCAGAUGAAAGAAAUAACUUGAGCAAUGAAAUUAGUAAACAACUAAGUGAUAUUAAUGGUGUAGUUAAAGCUACAAUUGGAACAUCAAAGAAUGCUAAAUUAUUGUGGGAAGGUAGAUAUGGAAAUAUUUUGUUUAGUUUAGGUGUAAUCGCAGAUCUCAGUUCAAGAUUAUCACCAAUAAAAUCAGUUGGAUUGCAAUUUCAAUAUUUUUCAUAG